GUCCCCUAGCAUCCCCUUUUCAACAUCCCGGGGCGUCUUGGAGAGUAUAUCCACCCUUGUUUGUCCCUCGAAGAGCAGCUGUAUGAUUUGCCCCAGAGUUUCAGAGACGAGAUUGGUUGGGCAUUCCAUUUAACGCGACAGCCUUUGGACCAGGGUCUCCUCCUCUAUCGCAUCGCACCGCAACAAUCGCAAAAUAAACGCCGACUUACACCCAACAACCACACGGCACCGCACAACAAAAUGGCCUCCCCAACGAACUCUCCCCUGCCGCCCAAGCGCCUUGAGCAGAUCGCUACCGACGUGUGCAACAGCACCUUCGCCAGCGUCGAAUACUAUGAGCACCCCAAGACCGCACAAUGGAAUGAGGCCAUCAUUCAAAAAAUGCUCAAAGCGGUAAUGUCUGAAGCGACCCCCCAAGGCGCCACAACCCCGGCCUACAAGUUCGCCGUCAACAGCACCAUCGUGCAGCACGUAGUGCCCACCUCGCAACUCAACAAGGCCACCAGCACAAGUACAUCGACCGGCACCGGCCCCGAGGGCGAGUCGACCUCGUCGGAGGCUGCCGCCCCUGCCGCCAGCAAGAAGGGACAGGCGGGCCGCCGCGGUAUGCACAGCGCGACGGCGGGCUACUGGAACGAGAAGACGGACGGCAUGUGGAGCUUCAAGUAUGAUGGCGAGGCAAAGGGGCUCGAUGUUGUCAUCAUGCUCAUUUGGAUUGCCCUCUAAUAUUGGGGUUACAAAGAGAAGGAGGAGAUGCGUGAGUUCCACCCGGUUCACCCCUUAUGAUGUGGGGUUGAUGGAUGGAUGGAGAGGCGCAUGGUGAGGGAUAGGGAGCCCGGAGUCAGUAUACCAAACAAGCGAGAAGAACAAUAAUUUACUCUGUAAUGAUAUCAUAACCUUAUCUAUAUGGUACUGAAUGACAGGGAUGAACGUGAGCCGUCCGUGGUGGCCUCAUCGGCUGGACUAUCACAAAGGGGGCUGUCGUAGCUGAACGGGGGUCCUCGAUGGUGUGGUUAUAUUGAAGCGGCUAUAUGACUUCGAAGUCGGCACAGCGGUCGCAAGAUAAUAAUGCC